AAUGUUUCCAAUUUCUUUCAACGAUAAAGUCAAUAAACUAACUUCUCUUAUCAAUGCUGGUAUUCCUUCUUAUAUCCCGUCCGUUUGGUUAUCAAUUGUUCAGCAUGUUAUGAGCUGUUUCGAAAAGAUUCGCCUCCGUCCCCAAAAUGAUAAAUGGCUAAUUUCUGGCAAUUCAGAGAAAUUUCGUCGAAAAGUUCUUGGGUAUGUGGUAGGUGGUGCUCCAAUUCCAUUCGUUCUACCCGCUUUCCCAAUGAAGAGUAAGAAUAGGAUAAAGAAGACAAUUGGUCCCCUCCCCGAUAUGGCAGAAUGGAUUUCUUUGAAGCAUUUGGCAAAUUUUUGUAGGGAAAUCCGUAAAAUUUAUGCACCUGGAGUAAAGAUACUUAUUUUUGGAGAUGGACGAUUAUAUGGUAAAAUAUUAAAGUAUGAUGAUAGCGAAAUAACCGAAUAUGAAAGAGUUUUCAAGGAUAUGCUAUCGAGAUUACCUGAAGAAAUUCACGAUCAACUCCUUUAUGCCGGUAUCGAUGACUACUUUGAACGAGACAUGGGAUAUGAUAAAAUUCGAUCAUACGUAUACUCUCUUUAUGAUGUUACAAUGGAAGAAGUUGAUAAUGCAAUUAGGACUAAUGAAAAUAUAAAUAACGUCUACAAGGGAUUUGCACGCUAUCUCGACGAGGACCUUGAAGGUGAUAUACCAAAGGAUAUUUCUAGAACAAAGCGCAAACAAAUAACAAAGGAUUUUGCAAGAAAAUUGUUGAGAGGUAAUAUGGUUUAUAGUUUGGUGAUAAAGGAUAUUUUUCCUCAUCACCUUCGUCUUUCCAUACAUCCUCAUAACAAUGAGGAUAAGGUUGGGGUUUCCCUGUUGGAGAAUCAAAGAUUUUCUGCUGGAACACCUUGGCAUCGGGUAGCCGCCAAGAAAAAAGAUGGACAUUGGUAUUUCAUGAGACGAAUUGAUGCUGAGGCAAUGAAUUAUAAAUUAAAAGGGCAGUUUAACGGCGAAGGAACAGCCAACAGAGAAAAUUGGCCUCAUUAUGUUGAAGAGUAA